AGACGUCACUAAACAUCGGAGUUCAAGCUAACCAGGCGCCAACAUAUACUGCGUUAGACCUUAGACGACGGCCAUGUCUAGCGCUAGACACACUGCCGUCUUCCUUCUCCUUCUUGGCGUUGUUUAUGAGCUGAGCACCGUUGCACUUGCCAAUUUUUACAUUCCAAAGUUCGGUGGCCAUGGUGUUUUCGGACGCCGUUGCCGGUUUGGCUUUGGAGGAGAUAUAGGGUUCGGCGGAGGUGCUGGAGGUGGUUUCGGUGGCGGUGGAGGGCUCGGUGGUGGCAUCAGCCAUGGUGGCGGGUUUGGAGCGGGUGGUGGAUUGGGUGGAGGAGGAGGGUUUGGAGGAGGCCUUGGUAGUGGGUUUGGUGUUGGAUCAGGCAUCGGUGGUGGCGGUGGAUCAGGGGGAGGCCUUGGAAUAGGACAUGGAGGAGGCUUUGGUGGUGGAGGCGGAGGUGGAGGCGGAGGGGGAGGGGGACUCGACGGUGGCCAUGGUGGUGGUUUCGGUAGCGGAGGUGGAGUUGGAAGUGGUGUUUACGGCAGUGGAGGAGGGUUUGGAGGCGGCGGCGGAGGAGGCCUUGGUAGUGGGCAUGGUGGAGGCUUUGGCUCUGGACUGGGUGUAGGAAGUGGUAGUACACAUGAAGGUCUUGAUGGUGUUGGAGGCAUCGGGGGUGGCGGAGGACUUGGUGCCGGGUAUGGUGGAGGUUUUAGCGCAGGAGCGGGUAUAGGAGGUGGCAUUGGAAAAGGUCUUGGAGGUGGAGGUGGGUAUGGCGGCGGCUUCAGAGCUAGUGCUAGUUUCGAAGGCAGUGUUGGUGGAGGCGGCGGUCAUUGAUAGGGCAGACAAACAAGCAUGGUGUUUUGUCUUGUUGUGUUUCAUGACGUACGUGGAUCGAUUGCAUGCUUGCAUGUAAUCUCCAGGGUUCAUCUCUAAUUUGUCUAUUAGUCCGUGUUUGAUAUGAGAUUUGUUCGUUUAGAGUGAUGAUAUUAUUCAACGUACGUGAACUAAUAAGUAGUAUCUGCUGAUUCAGGGAUCUCAGGUGUGUAUAAGCCUUAAACUGUGCUCUGCAUUUUGAAUCUGUAGCGAAGGAAUAAAACAGUGAGAUGUGAUUCACUCACCAAACUAGUUCUUGACC